AUGGCUAUUGCGGCCCGCCCGGGAGGGUCAUCCUGGUUCCUCGGACUCGCGGCCCGUGGGCCAGUGUUUCGACGGGCUCGGGCGGAGCCACAUAGGAGGGCUGCGCCCCGGUGGGACGGCCUCUCUCCCUCAGGGGCGGAGCCGGUGGCGGGCAGCCGGACCUUGGAGGCCCGGGCGCUCUCAGCCAUGGGCCGGGGGUGCGGGAGGCCUGGGGGGUCGCCGCCGCCGCUGCUGCUGCUGCUGCUGCUGCUGCUUCCCCCAUCUCCGGUGCGGGGCGCUCGGGUGUUUCCAGGAAAUAUCCUUGGAGAGCCAGUUAUCCCACACUGGGUUCUGGGUGGAGGACACUGGCUCAAGGUCACCCUAGAUGAGUCGAUCACAAAGCUAGAUGUGGUGCUGGUGGCCCUAAAGGCUGAAGGCCAGGAUCUCCUGCUGGAGUUGGAGAAGAACCACAGGCUCCUGGCCCCAGGAUAUACAGAAACCCACUACAGCCCAGAUGGACAGCCAGUGGUGCUGGUCCCCAACCACAUGGAUCACUGCCACUAUCAUGGGCGUGUGAGGGGCUUCCAAGACUCCUGGGUAGUCCUCAGCACCUGUUCUGGGAUGAGUGGCCUGAUUGUGCUCACCAGCAAUGUCAGCUACUAUCUUUAUCCCCGGCCUCCUGGGGACACCGAGGACUUUGCAACCCACAAGAUCUUCCGGAUGGAGCAGCUGCUUACCUGGAAAGGGACCUGUGGUGACAAGGACUUGGGGGACAAAGUGAGGCGAGAGGCCCGCAGGAACCCCAGGUACCUGGAGCUGUACAUAGUGGCUGACCACACCCUGUUUUUGAUCCAGAACCAGAACUUGAACCAAACCAAACAGCGUCUCCUGGAAGUCGUCAAUUGUGUGGACCAGGUUGGGAGAGUUAGGAAGCAGAAGGAUGGGGCCAACUGA